CCUUGCAUUCCUAUGGCACCCCACAACCCUAUCCUCUCCUACCAUUAGGACACCCUGCCCUAGACCGGAGCGUCCUUUUUCAAUCCCUUUCAGGCGCGUCGCUCUUCCUCCCCCUCUCUCUAUCUCUCUCUCAACAAAAAAUCCGCGGAUCGCACGAAGUCGCAGAGCAAGGGAAGGGAACAUCGCAGAUCACACUCGAGAGAGGACCGCCAUGAACAAUCCUCCAUCUCCUCCUCCUCCUCCUCCUCCUCCUCCCCCUCCUAUUCUCAACCUACGCACCACGGCGCAUGUUAUCAAGCAGGCGGCUUCGUCCUUCUCCUCCAGCUUGUUCACCUUUCUCUACCUCUCGCUUCUUCUCUUCUCCUUCCGCGCGAUCGUGGAAAAUGGUAGCCACUUCGUCACAUCCUUCAUCGACCGGGACCCCUCUCUUAAAGCCCUUCUCUCCCGUCUCGACAUCGCCGGCAAUAAUCUCCAGGCGCCCGGCGGCCUCGCCCCCUCCGCGGCUGCAGCGCACCGCCGCCACCGCCGACCCUUCCUCCACCUCACCCGCGUCGGAACCCUCGACGACGACUUCUUCUCCGGCGACGAUGACGACGAUCGCUCCCUCUUCGGUACCAAUCGGAAAACACAAAUCAACGGCAGUUUUGUGAGAUUAGGGUUUUCAAAUUUCGCAGGGGAUAGUGGAAUUAGGGUUUCGGAGAUUGUUCACCCGGGUUUCUCUUUCAGAACCGAGGGUUUAUCGUUCGAUGCCGAUGGCAAUGACGAUAAUGCCGUUGACGAGGCCGAUGGAGGGAAUGGGUCGAUUGGAUUGGAGAAGGAGGAGAAUAGAGCAGUGGAUUUGCAGUUCUUUAUAAGAGGGUUGGAGCUUGGUCGUCGCGAUGCCGCAGUACUAUUCUUUUUCGUGAGUUUCUUGUCUGCAGCUUACGGGUGGGUGAUUCUUGGCUUUCUGGUGACAUAUUCAUGGGUUCUUGGCAUUGUGUUCGUUGCUGUUGUGAAUGAUUUGUUAGGGAGGUACAGUUCGUGUGUGGGGAAUAUAUGGGACGGAUCUAGGCUGGGAAUCAAGAGGCUUUCGGGGCUUAUCCUCAUGAGAUGGGCUGUUAGGGAUGCAGUGACUCAGCUUCUUGGCCUAUGGUUCUUUGGUGAAAUUGAGGAUCAAUAUUCGUUUUUCAGACUGUUUGUGAGGUUGAAAUUGAUGCCAUUCUCGGUUAUGUCUCCAUGGGUUCGAGGUUUUGAGAAGGAGAUUUCUGGUUUUUUGUUUGCUUGGUUUCUAGUGGAUACUUGUGUGUCUUUCAUUUUUGCUAUAGACUCUUGGGUGGCUAUAGUGGAUUCAAGGAGGACUGGUAGGGAAAUUAUGAAGGAAGGUUGUUACUUGCUGUCUACAAUGAUGAACCAGGCUGUGCAAAUAAAAUGCUUGGAAGCUAUAUUCUCGGGGUCGUUUGUGAGAUGGGGUUUGCAAAGAGUUUGUGGGAAAUUGUUUGCUGCAGUGUUUCAAUCAGUCGUAGAAGUUUAUUUUAUGGUAGCUUGGCUGAUAUUUUACUUGGCGACAAGAUGUAAGGAUGCUUCUUCUAACGGGAGAAGAUUUGGGCAAAGAGAGUUAGAGGGUUUCUUUCAGGGCCUUAGAUGAUACACAUUGGGAACUGAGGGAGAAUUCUUGCAGGCUUCAAUUGUAACAUUGAAAUAGCGCUGCAGGUAACUGGUGAGAUGAUUAUUCAUUUCAACGGCUUCAUGGACUGUCACAGAUGAACUAUCAAGGGAAGUAGUUCCUUCUCAUGGUUGCACUCUUGCUUAAGUUCUUGUUAUAUAUGCCAGUGGUUCUCCAUCUGAUGUUUGAUUUUAAUCCAUAAAAAUAACUCAUUGAACCAAAAAGGUAUAAGCUUUUGUGCCACAUGAAAAGCAUCUAGGUUUGUACGGCCAUGUGGAGGGAGGGGUUAAUCUCUAUCAGUUCUUGUUACAUACCAAAAGAAUUUUGUCUUGCUUUGGAGUUGCCCAUGUUUUUUCUUUUGAAAAUUUUCAAGGGGUUUGAAUGUGGCCUCCUUACGAGUACUCCUCUUGAAGCAGUGGCAUAGAAUCCUAUCCUCUCAAAUAUUCCCACCGUAAUUUCAAUUCCAAAUCCUCUCCUUAAAGGAAUUGAAUUUGUGGUUUUUUAGGUGAUGAACCACAGGAGCCAAAGCUUGAUUUCUUUAAGGAGGAUUUUUUUGACUUAUUGUAGCAAUUAAUGUUAAAGACAAAUUAUGGUACUUAGGUGGAUUUUACUUUUUUGCAUGUGGGUACAACAUAAGGCAAGGCAUGAGUAAAGGUUUAGCUAAUCUUUUCUUUUUGUCUGCAUUAUUAUUAAUUUAGGAAUUUGAAAUUGCAUGAUUAUAAUGACUAAAUUUUUUACCAUCACUUACAAGUUGUUUAAUUUGACGCCCAUCUUUAAAUUCGAAAUUUAACACUAUUGGAGAAGUGUUUGAUUUUUAGAGACACACUUGUUCACAUAUUCUUUCUUUGCAAAAUCUCUUUGCAUUCAUUCCUCCUUUGACAAUGUUAUGAACAUUUAAUAAUCUUUUCAUGUGGACUAGUUUUGUUGUAAGAGAGUUUUCCCCUAUAGUCCCUAUUAAUUUUACAUAAUUAAAGAGCAAACUUAGAAAGUGUAGGUCGUUUUUUUCUCAAUGUUUUCACGGUAGAGCUUCUAAUCUUUGAGCCUUGAUCAUCAUUAUUUUUUCUUGAACUCUCUACUUCUAUUUUCUUGCCCUCCCAUAGCGCUUUUUCAUCCACAAUUGAACUUCUAUAUAUAUGGGAGGAGAGGAGGGCUACUUGGGUUUCACGAAAUAACCCAAGUCUCCCUACGCUCUCCUUCGAAUGCACAUGCGGUGAGACAACCAAUUCAUUGUGAGUGAGCUAGUUUGAAGAUUGGUUAAUGAGAAAUUAUGCACGCAGUUAUUGAUGCCUUAUAAUGGGAGCCUACAAAUCCUCCACUUUAGGCUUUACACAUGGUAGAUUAUGAGGACGUGUUAUCUUACCAAUAUCAAGUAAACUGGGUUAUUUCUUUCUUUUUGUUGAAAACCUUACAACUAAAGAAACGUAUAAAUCAAUGAAUGGAGAAACUAAAUUGUUGAAUCUAAUUUAAAGAAAUUUAUGUGGUAUAAAAUAUAAAUCUAAUGGAGUUUCAUAAUGGAACAAUAGAACUAUAAAACAACUAUUGAACUAUAUGCUGAAGUACAAGAAUAUCUAAAUUAAACUUAUGGGGGUAAAGCAGUACUUUCUCAUUGCACAUACAAAAUAGAAUCUCUUAGAAGAAAAUUGUAAAGACGUCAUAUGAAUUAUGUGAAGGAAAACAUCUUGAUUUGAAAUACUUAUUUAAAGUGUGAACGUAUUUUGCUAUUGUUAUCUUAUUGUUUAAUAAAAGUCAAGUAUCUUUUAAGGAAUGGUGUGGAUUUAGAUGGGUAAAUGGUGGAUUACUUGUUAAUGAAUUGGUUGUGUUAACUUCCAUCAGAAGUUCAAGGAUAAUGGUAGUAAAAAUUAUAGAAAUUGUAGAAAUCACAAAAAAAAA